GCAAUGGACGCGCUGGAGUCGUUGUUGGACGAGGUGGCCCUGGAGGGGCUUGAUGGCCUGUGCCUUCCCGCGCUUUGGAGCCGUCUGGAGACGCGAGUGCCGCCCUUCCCGCUUCCUUUGGAGCCCUACACGCAGGAGUUUCUGUGGCGGGCCCUUGCCACGAACCCGGGCAUCAGCUUCUACGAGGAGCCUCGGGAACGACCAGACCUCCAGCUCCAAGACCGGUAUGAAGAAAUUGAUUUGGAAACGGGCAUCGUGGAGUCCAGGAGGGACCCAGUCCCUCUGGAGGAUGUCUACCCCAUUCACAUGAUCUUAGAGAAUAAAGAUGGCAUCCAGGGCUCAUGCCGGUACUUCAAGGAGAGGAAGAACAUUACCAACGACAUCAGGACCAAGAUGUUACAGCCCCGCUGCACGAUGGUGGAAGCCUUUGGCAGGUGGGGGAAGAAACUGAUCAUUGUUGCCUCCCAGGACAUGCGGUACCGGGCCUUGAUCGGCUUUGAGGGCGACCCCGACCUGAAGCUCCCGGACUUCUCCUAUUGCAUCUUGGAGCGGUUAGGCCGGUCCCGGUGGCAGGGGGAGCUCCAGCGAGACCUCCACAGCACUGCUUUCAAGGUUGAUGCUGGGAAGCUUCACUAUCACAGGAAAAUUUUGAACAAAAACGGGCUGAUUACGAUGCAGUCCCAUGUGAUCCGAUUGCCCACCGGGGCCCAGCAGCACUCAAUCCUCCUCCUCCUGAACCGGUUUCACAUGGACAGGAGGAGCAAAUACGACAUCCUCAUGGAGAAGCUUUCAACUCUACUGAGCGCACGGAAUAACCGGACUGAGACCCUGGGAAAGCUGAGGGAGGAACUGGGACUGUGCGAGAGGACGUUCAAGCGCCUGUACCAGUACAUGCUGAACGCGGGGCUGGCCAAAGUGGUGCCCCUUCCCUUAAAAGAGAUCCACCCUGAACGCGGACCUUGCAAGACCAAGAAAGGGACCGACAUCAUGGUGCGCUGCCUCAGACUGCUAAAGGAGUUCAAGCGGAAGGUGGACGAUGACGACGACGACGAGGACGUCAUCUCCAAGGGCGUGCCUCCAGUGGACAUCGUGUUCGAGCGGGACAUGCUCACGCAGACCUACGAGCUCAUCGAGCGCCGAGGCACGAAAGGCAUUUCCCAGGCUGAAAUCCGAGUGGCUAUGAAUGUGGGAAAGCUGGAAGCCAGGAUGCUGUGCCGUCUCCUUCAGAGAUUCAAAGUUGUCAAGGGCUUCAUGGAGGACGAAGGGCGGCAGCGGACCACCAAGUACAUCUCCUGUGUGUUUGCGGAGGAGAGCGACCUGAGCCGGCAGUAUGAGAGGGAGAAGGCGCGCAACGAGCUGCUGACCACCGUGAGCCUGGCCUCGGUGCAGGAGGAGUCCCUGCUGCCCGAGGGGGAGGACGCUUUCCUCUCCGAGCUGGACAGUGAUGAGGAGGGCGGCGGCGGCAGCAGAAAGAGAAAAGGCAGGAGAGCCCCGCGGGACGCGAGGUCCUUCUCGAACGGCGGUCUCAGGACCCAGCCCCACCACUCCACCCCGAACAAGGGGGGCUGGAAGGUCAUCAACCUCCACCCGUUGAAGAAGCAGUCAUCCUUCUCCUCGGGAGCCGCUGAAGAGCGAGCCUCUCGGGGCGCCUUCGGUGGGGACAACCUGGACACCAGCGGCUCCUCGGAGCUCGGCAUGUCCUUGGGCCCCCACUGCGUGGACAGUCACAGUGGCGACAUUGCCGUGAUUGAAGAGGUCAGGCUUGAAAACUCCAAGGAGAGCGGUGGUUCCCAGAAGACAGGGAAGCAUGGCCCAGGCCAAGACAAGCCCCACGAGACCUACCGACUGCUGAAGCGCAGGAAUCUGAUCAUAGAGGCCGUCACCAACCUCCGCUUAAUCGAGAGCUUGUUCACAAUUCAAAAGAUGAUCAUGGAUCAAGAGAAGCAAGAAGGUGUGUCCACCAAAUGCUGUAAGAAAUCCAUCAUCCGCCUGGUGCAGAACCUCUCCGAGGAAGGUCUGCUGAGGCUGUAUCGGACGACGGUCAUUCAGGACGGCAUCAAGAAGAAGGUUGACCUUGUGGUGCACCCGUCCAUGGACCAGAAUGACCCUCUCGUGAGAAGUGCCAUCGAGCAGGUUCGCUUCCGGAUGUCCAAUUCAAGCACAGCCAACAGGAUGAAAGCACCCCAGCCUCCAGUGCCUCAAGAGGAAGCCGAAGAGGAAAGUCAAGGAGAAGAGGGCCCGAGUGGAUCAGGAGACGCUCAGCCAAGUGCCUCGUCGAAACCAGAAGGUGGACGGGUGAAAAAGACCCAUGAGAAAAUGGGCGUGACCCAGCUGAAAAACUACCACCCUGUCGUAGUUCCUGGACUAGGGCGCUCUCUAGGAUUUCUGCCCAAAAUGCCUCGCCUGCGGGUGAUCCACAUGUUUCUGUGGUACCUGAUCUACGGGCACCCUACCACGGUGGAGGAGCUGAGCUUCUCGGAAAGGAAGGCAGGAGUCCCGUCCUCCUCCAGGAGCGACCUGGAGGCCUCCUUCGAUGCCGCACCCAAGGACACCUGGGAGGGCGAAGUGGAACUUGCCACAGAGACCGUGUUCGUGGACGAAGCCUCGUGGAAGCGCUAUGUCCCCCCCAUCCCGGUCCACAAGGACUUCGGCUUCGGCUGGGCCCUGGUCAGCGACCUGCUUCUGUGCCUGCCCCUGUCCAUCUUCACUCAGGUCGUGCAAGUCAGCUACAAGGUGGACCACCUCGAGGAGUUUCUGAGCGAUCCCCUGAAGAAGCACACGCUGAUCCGCUUUCUUCCCAGGUCCAUCCGGCAGCAGCUUCUGUACAAGAGACGUUUCAUUUUCUCUGUGGUGGAGAACCUUCAGAGGCUCUGCUUCAUGGGGCUGCUCCAGUUCGGCCCCACGGAGAAGUUUCAGGAUAAAGAUCAGGUCUUUGUCUACUUGAAGAAGAACGUGGGCAUCGUGGACACCACCACCUGUGACCCCCAUUACAACGUGGCCCGCAGCAGCCGGCCCUUCGAGAGGCGUUUGUACGUCCUGAACUCAAUGCAGGACGUGGAGAACUACUGGUUUGAUCUGCAGUGCGUCUGCCUCAACACCCCGUUAGGCGUGGUGCGCUGCCCACGUGCCCGGAAGAGCAGCGGCCCAGACCAGGGCAGCGAUGAGGAGGGCAGAAUGCAGAAGGAGCAGGAGAAUGCCAUGGACAAGUACACGCUGGAGCGCAAGUGUGCCAUGAUGGAGUACACCACGGGCAGCCGUGAGGUCGUGGAUGAAGGCGUCAUCCCCGGAGACGGCCUGGGAGCCGCGGGGCUCGACUCCAGCUUCUACGCACACUUGAAGCGCAAUUGGAUCUGGACCAGCUACAUCAUGGACAAGGCCAAAAAGGAGACCACCACAUCGGAGAACGGGCUCACGAUGAGGCUGCAGACGUUUCUGUCUAAGCGCCCGAUGCCUCUUGGGGCUGGAGGCAAUGGCAGGUUGACAGUCUGGGGAGAUGCUCGAGCCGGAUCGGGGCUCUGUGCCGACAGAGACGAGCACGUCGAGGUUGAGCGAGAGCCCACGCUGGAGCGGAACCAGAAAGUGAAGGGUGGGAAAAGCCAGAAGCGCAAACGGCUGAAGAAGGACCCAGGGAAGAAGAUCAAGAGGAAGAAGAAAGAAGAGCUCCCGGAAGACAAGAACAAAAGGCGUUACCAUGACGAGGCGGACCAGAGCGCCCUGCAGAGGAUGACGCGGCUGCGGGUCACCUGGUCGCUGCAGGAGGACGGGCUGCUCAUGCUCUGCCGGAUCGCCAGCAACGUCCUCAACACCAAGGUGAAGGGCCCGUUCGUCCCCUGGCAGGUCGUGCGGGACAUCCUGCACUCGACCUUGGAAGAGUCUCUGGAUAAAACCUCCCUGUCGGUCGGACGAAGAGCUCGCUACAUAAUCAAAAACCCACAAGCCUAUCUGAACUACAAGGUCUGCCUCGCCGAGGUGUACCAGGAUAAGGCACUUGUCGGGGAGUUCCUGAGUCGGAAAGGUGACUACGGAAACCCUAAGGUUUGUGCCAGCGAGUUUAAAGAAUUCGUGGCGAAGCUUAGAGAGAAGUUCAGCUCAGCCCUAAAGAAUCCAAACCUUGAAAUCCCAGACACGCUCGAGGAGCUGUUUGCCAGGUACCGAGUUUUGGUGAUUGGAGACAGAAAAGAUCAGACCAUGAAAGAGGAUGAACUUAAGAGCGUGGAUGACAUCCACUUCCUGGUGCUCCAGAACCUGAUCCAGAGCACACUGGCCCUCUCAGACAGACAGAUGGAGAUCUGCCAGUCAUUCCAGACCUUCCGCCUGUACCGGGACUACAAGGAACAGGUCCUGGUGAAGGCCUUCGUGGACUACCAGCGGAGAAGCCUAGUCAACCGGCGCCGGGUCAACCACACGCUGGGCCCCAAGAAAAACCGCGCUCUGCCCUUUGCGCCCAUGUCCUACCAAUUGUCCCAGGCCUACCACAGGAUUUUCACGUGGCGGUUUCCGAGCACUGUCUGCACAGAAUCGUUCCAGUUCUUCAGCAGACUCCUGGCUGCGGGCAAGCGGGACCAGGCCGAUCACUUCUCCUUCAAAGACCAGAACUGUGGCGAGCCCGCGAGCGACCUGGUAGCAUUCUCUUUGGACGGCCCGGGAGGAAACUGCGUGACCGCCCUGAUCCUUUUCUCCCUGGGCCUUGUUUCCGUGGACGUCAGGAUCCCAGAACAGAUCGUCGUGGUGGACAGCUCCAUGGUGGAGAACGAGGUCAUUAAGAGCCUAGGCAAGGACAGCACCUUGGAAGAGGACGAGGACGAAGAGGAAGACCUGGACGAAGGCUCGGGGGCCAAGCGCCGGAGCAUCGAGGUGAAAGCCCACCAGGCCUCCCACACCAACUACCUGCUGAUGAAGGGCUACUGUGUCCCCGGCAUCGUCAGCAACCGCAACCUCAACCCCAACGACAACAUUGUGGUGAACUCCUGCCUGGUCAAGUUCCGCCUGCGCUGCACCCCCAAGCCCACCAGGCUCGCGCUCCUGGACCCUUCUCUGGAGGAGCUGACGGUGGGGCCCUCCUGCCUCCCUGACACCUUCACACGGCUGAUAAACAGCCCAGAGGACACCUGCAGCUUGGAGGAGUUCGUCCACCAGGUGGCGCUGUCUGGGUACCAGCCCGGAGACGUGUUUGCCGCCCUGGAGAUCCAGGAGGCCAUUGCAGCGGCUGGUUGCUUUGGGGUGGACUGGCUGGAGCUGAGCAAACAGUUCUUUGCCUUGGCCAGGACAGACAGUGAGCGCACCAGGACCUUCACAGACUACGUCCAGGACCUCUUAGAGCACCAGCAGGUGCUGGAAGUCGGCGGGAACACCGCUCGCCUGGUGACCGUGGCCAAUGCACAGCCCUGGCUCCUGCACUCAGUGCGGCUGAAAGACAGAGAGGGGGGUGCUGACCUUCAAAGGGACGACCCCCGGGCCGGGCCCCCCGAGGGGCCCUCCAAUGAGGACAGCCCCGCAGAGAGGCAGGCCCCGCCCUCUCAGAGUCCCCAGAGCGCCAAGAGGCGUGGCAGCUGGGCCGGCGCUGACGCGAACAGCCAGGGCGGGGGUGCUGACCCCAAGAGCGCUCCGGAGCCCCCCGCAAAGAGGCCCGCACUCCAGGACAUACGCUCGGCCCCCAGCCCAGGGCCCAGAGCCGAAGAGGAGCUGGGGACUCUGGCGCCUGCCCUGCUCGCGGCUCCUGAGGACGGAGGUGCAUCGGAAGCCGGGCCGGGGGACCAAGAGGGUGUCGAGGUGCCCAGCUUCCCAGGCCAGGAGCAGCUGAGCUGUCAGGCCCAGGUUCCGGAGGCCCCUGAAGACCCCAGAGGUCUGGCAGACAGUUCCGCGGCUGGCAACCUCUCCCAGGUGGCAUGGGAAAGGGACUGUGAGAGCGUGCGCUUCAUCGGGCGCCCGUGGCGCAUCGUGGACGGCCGCCUGAAUGCGCCGGUGGUCAAGGGCAUGAUGGAGGCGGUGCUGUACCACAUUAUGACCAGGCCCGGCGUGCCCGAGAGCUGCCUGCUGCAGCACUACCAGGGUGUCCUGCAGCCGCUGGCCGUGCUCGAGCUGCUCCAGGGGCUGGAGACCCUGGGCUGCAUUAAAAAGUGUGUGCUGAGAAAGCCCGCGGCCGCCUCGCUCUUCUCGAAGCCGCCGGUGGGAGAGGCGCCGCUGAGCCCGGACGAGAGCCCCGUGGUGUUCUACGAGCCCACGCUGGACUGCACCAUCCGCCUCGGCCGCGUCUUCCCCAACGAGGUCAACUGGAACAAGAGCAGAGCCGCCUGCCCAGGUCCUGAGCCUUCUCUGUGGACAUCUGCCCGCUGUCCAGUGAGGGGUCAGAAGCUGUGGGCCUCGGGGGUCUGCCCCAUCCACACAGACUCACGUUCCAGCUUCCGGCCACCCCAUCAUGGAGGACUCUCCAUGCUCCCCAGAAACCCCCCUUGGUCUGAGGGACAGGGCCUCGUGGGGACAUGUCAUAGAGCACGGGCUGGGUGACCCCCUGCCAAGGCUGCCACUGAGACUUGUUCCUCUGGAGGCAGGACCCCUGACUGCUGAGCCUGCAAGCCACCUGCAGGCCUCCUGCCACCUGGAAGCGGGGAGUCCUUACAGGUUUGGAGUUUGUCUUUUUUUUUUUUUUUUCAGCCUCUUUCCUUAUUAAAAAAAAAACCCUGGCAUGUAUUUAUAUGGUUUUUUUUAAUUAAAGCGAAGUAAAACGCA